UUCUAUUCUCCAAUAUUAACAGUCAGAAAUUGUGUGCGCAUUUUUUCCCGUACGGACUACAAACCCAUUUGCUACCGACCAUCCCUUCACGAGCUAUGUCGGUCGUCUGUGCCUUAAAUCCCCCUCUCCAUUCCCAUAUUUGUUCAGAAAAGUUCGUUGUUCUACAUAUUGAUUGCAAAGAAUCUCUUUCAUUCAUGGAGAUUAGAAAAGCAAGCAGAAUUUUGCGGAGACUUGGAAGCGCUGGAAGAAAAGUGCAGAGUAAGUCAGGAAGGGUUCCUUCUGAUGUGCCCAAGGGCCACCUGGCAGUCUAUGCGGGCAUUGUGGAGCAGAACAAACGAUUUGUUAUCCCUGCUCAAAGUGUUAAUCAUCCUGUCUUCCAUGCAUUGCUGGAUAAGGCUGAAGAGCAGUUUGGAUUCGGGCAUCAAGGCCCUCUUCUUAUUCCCUGCGACCCACUUGUCUUUCACAAUGUUAUUUGCCUGCUCAGAAACAAUUCCAAAGCAGAGAUUGAACAGAUGAUCGUGGAAUUGCAGAAGUAGAACACGGGGAAAGGGAAAGGGAAAGGGAAUUCAAUUAGAAUUAAAUUAUGGAUUGUGGAAAUCUGAGAUAAAGAAUUCAAGUUCAGUGUUAGUUCGAGUGUAUUGUUUGUCACACUUAGCAUAGUGUGCAAGUUGUACAUAAUGGAAAUGUUUAGAGAUUUGAACAUGGAGUCUUAUUUGUUUUAUAAUACUUUUAUAUGUUAUAUCAUAUUUUUGUUUCAAUGAUAUUAUAUAGGUAGGCGGGUUUCACAUACAUACUUAGUAUAUUGAGUACUCUUUUGUUGAAAAAGUUUAUGCUGGAUUUCUAUAAAGAAACUUCAAUCAAAAUAAGUAAAGUACUGCUUUAGUUAAGGCAAUACAUUU